AUGAAUGGCAGCGAACCUGUAUGUCACGUGCGAAAAAGCGUCUCCCCAGGCUUGCUCCAGAUAUUGAUCUACGCCAUGCUGGGCUAUGCUCGUUUUUUUGUCGGUAGGAAAACAAUUCCUCCGCAAUCGCGUGGCUUGUCUUCGUUUUCCUCGGGCCGAUAUGACCCUUAUAACGCAUUGACGGCUAGGUGGGAUGACGUGCCCGGAGGUGAAGGCAAACUUGGCGGAUGGUCCGUGAGCGUCAAAGAGAAUAUCGCCAUGGAAGGAAUUCCUACAACAUGUUCAAGCAAGAUGCUGGAGAUGGUUCGCAGGUUGCGUGGCCACGGUGCCCGCAUCACGUCCCGGAACAAUUGCGAUGAGUUUGCGAUGGGCGGUCUUAACAAGCACUCGCUCUUUGGCCCAGUCGCCAACCCAGCCCCUUACGAAAAUGUGAAUGAGCCUGACUUUGCAAAAUAUCCCCCUCGUGCGCCGGGUGGCAGUUCGGGUGGUGCUGCUGCUGCUGUUCGUGCCAACCUCUGUCGAGUCCGCUGGGGUGUCGUCUCUUACGCAGACUCGCUUGAUACUGUGGGUAUUAUUGCUCGUGUGCCGGAAGAUCUGGCAGUCACAUUUGACGCGCUGGCAGCUCCGGACUCUCACGAUGCAACAUGCAUUGAUAUGCCAAUGCGGGCGAAGCUCGCGAAUGAUGUGGGCUCUAUUUUGUCUCGCCUUCAAAAACCGCUGCAAGGCUUGCGCGUUGGAAUUGUGGCGCAGAUGUUCCCAAAGGAGCUUCACCCCGAGAUUGCUGAUAUUACGGACGAUGUGCUAGAUGCACUCCAGCAUUUGGGUGCGACACUAGUGGAUGUAUCGUUCUCCGUCUUGUCCAAAGCUUCGAGUGCAUACUAUAUCCAAGCGCUUUCAGAAGCGAGCAGCAAUCUUGGACGCUAUGAUGGCAUCCGCUACGGUUCCCAUCAUGAGGAACCACGAGGCACGUUUUUUAAAACGAUUGCAGCCAACCGAAGCGCCAACUUUGGUGAGGAAGUUAAGCGCCGGAUCCUUCUUGGCACAUUUGCACUCACAUCUGAAGCAUGGAAGAGCCACCUACAGACCUCAAUUCAAAUACGCAACGCUAUCACGCACCAGAUGCGCUCGAGCUUUGCGGCGCCCGACCAGCGAGUCUCGUCACAUGAGCGCAGCGGCGAUGAUGUGGAUCUCCUUGUAUACCCUACAGCCAUGCGCCUCGCCCCCCGUCUGAACGAAGAAACUGCCUCGGAAUAUGCGCAAGAUGUUUUGACAGUAUCUGCCAAUCUAACGGGUAUGCCUGUACUGUCUGCGCCAGCCUCCCGUACUGUGUCUGUGGAGAACGUGCGUCUGCCAACAGGGAUUUCCUUCCAAGCGCAAUGGGGCCAUGACCAGCUCCUGCUCCAUGUGGUAGAAACCCUGGCACGGAACUCAGAUGUGCUGGCCAUCUAG